AUGGGAAUUGAUGGGCUCCCUGACAUCGGGGAUACAUCCUUCAACCAAAAGUCUGCUGUUGCUUGGGUUGCACAACAGCCUGAGGAGUCACAAUCGUCGCUGGUUGAAAACGUCUUCCGCGAACUGCUUGACAAUGCUGCGAGACCGAAGCAAGCAUCUGGAAAUGCCUGUGUCAAGCUGUGUGGCUUUGUCGAGCAUUGCUCCAAAUCCAACGCACCCGCGCUGCGAAGCUUCGCCUUCAGGCAAUCCACUGCCCUAGAGCUGUUCAACUUCUUCAUUGAAUGGAAUGAGCAAGAUGCCCACAAAGCCAUGCGUAUCGUUCUUGACUGUCUCGCAUAUUCCAUAUCCCACAACUCCAACCCACAGGUUGGUGCAUCCAUCAAGGCCAAGUUAACUGUCGACGCCGUCUCCAUGAUCACCCAGCAAGCUUCAAGACCAUCCAUCAAAUCUGCUAUGACUACCUUGGAUCACCUUGUACAGAAAAAGAUUGUGUAUCUACAUGAAAUCCUGGAAGUCUACCAAACGCUCCACGGGAUUGCCCCUGACGGGCAGAAUACGUGGGACGGCCUCAUCAGAAGGAUCUUCGAGUGCAUGGAGCAGCAGAAUGCGUCAUCUGUAGCUGGAAAACUCCUUGUUACCAUCUUCAGCCACCCGUGGUGUGAGACCGAUAAAGGAGCUCGACACUACCGCGAUGCUUGGCAUAGGUUUAUGUACAGUGGCUUGCAGUCGAAUCUCGAGCUUCUCGAGCCAAUUAAGCUCUACGUUUUCGUCCCUCUGUUCAAGGCCGACCGAACUGAAUCCCUGCGCUAUCUCGAUGACCUGUCCUCGCUCCAGAGUCUUACCGGCAGAGAUAGCCGAGGCUGGGAUCUCAAUGGCAUGCUAUGGCUGGCAAUGCUCGAAGCAGGGAAGAAGAUGGGAGUUGUGGGCGAACCUGGCCCAGCCUCGAUGCAGAAGAUGGGCGCAAUCGCCCAACUGCCAGCAGAAAUACUUGACAGUGUACUCUGUCAUGAGUCUCACGAGGCCCGCUCUUCGGGUGUCUCUAUUCUCGUCGCAUCCCCAGCGACAACCAAACCUUACACACCGGAAGCAUUAGAUCUCCUGAAGAAACACCUUCCGUCGUUCUACGAGGAUACAGACGCGAAGUUCAGAUAUGACGUACUGGGCCACUCAAGGAAUAUGGUCAAGCGACUCCAGUGCACCAUCGAUUCCCUACGCAAAGAACUCGACCGAUCCUUGAAGAAGGCCGACAAAAUAGAGCCGGCCAAGAGGGACAACCAGGCACUGUCAAAAGGCGCAAGAGGCACCCAAACUGACAAGCAAACAAAUGCACAGGACGAUGUUAUCUGGAGGCUGCGCUCCACUAUACGUGAUCAUGAAGAUUUCAUCAGCUGGCUCGUUGGCUUCCUCAAAAGCGAACUUGUACCCACCGCAUCAUAUCAGCGCCAUAUCACGGCUUUGAGGGCAAUGGGCUUCUUUCUUAGGUCGGGUCCAUUUCAAGGAGAUGGAACGACAACUAGCAGGUGGCUGAACAAUCCACUGGUUGAUGCAACAUGGUUCCGUGCUGUGCUAGAUCUCACCAUGGACCCAUUCGACGAUGUGAGAGAGGCUGCAGCCGCUUUGAUUAUGCUCCUUCAGUCAGGGAGUGCGGCUUCCACACCACCAGAAAAGAUCAGAGGGCUACAGCACAGCCCAAAGCAAGAGCUUCAGGAGUUUUGCCGAAAGGCAGACGAGCUUUCCCGGCAAACGGCCCGAGCGGACCAUUCUGACGGCGCUGCUAGAUCACAAGAACUCUUAUUCCGCUGGAGUAAGAACUUCGAGGGGGCCGUGAUGGUGCCAACAGAAGUACUUCUAAAUCUUGAAGCAAAGCUGCUAGUCGCUGAGCAAGACCUAGCCACUGCGGUGCUUCAAGCCCCUAUACACGGCGACUUUGCAUCUCUUCGCUACAUUUGGGGAUCACUCUCUGGGUCUCAUUACUCCAAUGAAGACUUCAAGAUCCUUCAUGGGCUUCAGUCACGCGCAAUUGCCUGCUGUCAGAGAAUAUGGCAAGCCGUUCGGCAUAUUCUGUGCGAUGAUUCCCCAGAAGGUCAUCUGCCUGAAGAGCUGCAAGAAGUAGACGGACUUGAUACCAAGGACCUUCUGAGUUAUAGCUUUCGAGCAAUACACGAGUCCAGCAAUCUGCUGCGAGUCAUCGGAAUAAAUGCUCGCUAUAGCCGAGACGCCGGAAGCAUAGCCCCUUCUCGAGGGGAUUUCGAAACCAUCGGAAGGUUAACAUUCGACGAGUUAUCGAAUCUGAGACACCGUGGGGCGUUCUCAACAGUUUCUCAAACAUUCACAUCUUGUUGUCAACAAGUGAAGUAUUACCCCAACGCAGCUGUAGAGGAAGACGGAUUGUUGGACGAAUGGUAUGAGGGAGCUCUGAAAUGUAUAUACAUGCAAGCUUCAACAACCCGGAGAUCAGCAGGAUUACCUGCUAUCAUCGUCGGGAUUCUUUCGUCAAAAGCUGACCGCCCGUCAUUCGAAACCGUCAUCUAUAAGCUGCAAGAAUUCGCUAGAAAGCCUGCCUAUAUGUCAGAGUCAGAUGGAUCAAAUUUGCCUCAAGUUCAUGCUCUCAACUGCAUCAAGGACAUCUUCAAGACGUCUUUCCUGAGCAACGGUGCUCACUCAUACCUAGCGAACUGCUUACAGUUGGCGGCCAACAGCCUCAAAUCUGAAGUAUGGGCAAUACGGAAUUGUGGCUUGCUACUCUUACGCAGCCUCAUCGACAACCUUUUCGGCACGAGCGAGAGCAAAACAUCGAUGGAGGCUGGUUGGGAUGGGCGAUCAACCAGGCUUCCAUAUCACAAAUACAAGGCCCUUCCCGCCCUCCUCGCUUCCCUCCUGGAGUCGGGCAUGGAAUCAUCAGGUGUAUUGAUGGGCGCACAGACAGCGGAAUCAGUCUUCCCUGCAUUGGACAUCAUCCGUCGCGCCGGGCCGCCAGAGGCGUUUCGCGACAAGCUCUAUGACACCAUUGCAUGGUACCUUGGCAGCCCAAUUUGGCAUGUACGAGAGAUUGCAGCACGUAGUCUCUGUUCUUUUCUUCUGAAACCUGGGUGGUUUACCUCCAUCGAUUCUCUUAUCGUGGACUCGAAACAUGUAGCGAAUAAGCUGCAUGGAGCGCUGUUGACUCUCAAGUUCCUGCUUGAGAAGCUGCUUGAGGUCAUGCCCGACCAGCUAUCAGAAUCCAACAUUGAUACCCUCUUCGGCUUCCUACAGCAACUGCCAAUAGCGGGCAGUUGUCUCAAUACAUGCACAGAAGCUAGGGCAGUCUAUGCUGACAUCCUGACAUUCCUGGCCAAAGUGAAUCCCGAUAGAAGCCCAACGGGAGCCGCUACUGUACUCGAAUAUUCCCGUCUUCGUCCAGGACGGGAAGAUGAGAAUUCGUCAGUGCUCAAUGAUCAGCAUGACCAGCGUCAAGCGCCGCUAGCUUUGUUGACCAUCAGGUUAGGCGACGCCGUGGUGCAAGACUCACUACGCAGGUCUGCUGAAGAAUCAGGCGAUUCAUUGAGUCAGAACCUCAAGACCGCCUUGGCAACUGACCUCGAUACUGCGUGCUCCAUGCUCGAGUCUUUGUCGAAGCUUGACUUGUCGAACGCAGAAAGACAUUGGCCUAGUCUCGUUGAUGCAUAUCUGCUGGUGUGCUUCGAGACUGACGUACCAGAGCCGCGAACGAUUACGCUGGAGAGCCUGGCGUCUUUGAUGGACGUAAUAUUACGCCAGCGGUCGGAUGACGGGUUGAAAAACCUCCCAUCCGAGGAGGUUUUAUCCCAACUCUGGACAGAUCUGCACCAGAAGCCAAUGAAUCCAAGUCUUUCCGACGCCAUAAUCCGCGUCAGCGGCCCAAUCGUGGCAAUAUCUGUCUUGCGCAAGAAGGGCAUGAUCGACGAUGGCCUUGAGAAAAGGCUACGAAGUGGGGGCGCCAUGAUGAGCGAUGCAGGUGUAGCAGAUAGACCCUUCGACACCCGACUCGCCGCCGUCCAAGCCAUCAACUCCCUCUCAUCAACCACCCACCUAUCCAGCAACGACAAAAGCAACCCAGCUCACCUCCCCUGGCUACUCGCGCUGUACGACGCCCUGAACGACGACGACGACGAGAUCCGCUCCGCCGCCGCCUCGGCCGCAAGCCCCGUCCUAGACGCAAACCUCGUGUCCAUCGAGGCCGGCGCGCGCCUCCUGCGCUGGCUAGGGAAGCAGUACGGCCACGAGCCCGCGUUCCGCACGCACGUCGCGGGACGCAUGGUCGGGCACGACUUCUCCUUCUCCGCCGUUCCCCCUCACACCACCAACUUACCAGAGACCUGGAAAGACCAAAACUACUGGGUCCCAGCACAGACCCAGCUGCAGUCCGCGAUGCGCUUCGACGACGCCCUCUUCGUCGUCGAGGAGCAGAACUUGUACGUCGACGAGGUGCGCGAGGUGCGGCGCUGGGCCGACGUGUUCUUGUCUCUCCCGUCAGCGUCUUCUCUCCCCUCCUCCCCUUCAUCCCCUGCUGCCCCAGACACGCCCGCAAAAGAACUGGCCCAAUGGACACUCGCCGGCCUCACCGCGCUGAACCGCCUAGCGCGCUCCUCCGGGGCCGACGACAACAACGGGCCGCUGGGCUGGACGUCGAAGCCGCAGGUAUUCGCGAUCUGCGCGCGCGUCGUGACCAGCGCGUCGGCGCUGGCCGUGCGGGGAAAUUUCGAGGUUCGGGACGAGCUGCGGCGGUUUCGGGAGCUGGGGCAGGGAGUGGGAGUCCAUGGGCUGCUGCUUGCGAUGUGUGACGAACGACGGGGUUUAAGGGGGGUUGAAGUGAGCUGA